CGCAAAACGUGUGGUGUUCGGUGCCCGGUAUCAUCAGCCAGGGGCCGGGCGUCGCGGAAGUGUGAAAGAUGAUCGAAUAUUACACGAAAAGCCCUCGCACGUUGAUCAUGCUGGUCGCGGAGGCGUUCAUGGACCCGGAGCGCGUGACGGCCAUUGGAAUCGCAAAAGAGCACGAUCCGCAAGGCGAGCGCACGCUGCGCAUUGACACCAAAUUCGACUCUUUCGACUCGAAUAAAGAGGCAAAAGACCGCGCGGUUCGUUGGAUUCGUAGCACGACUUCUACAAAAUCAGGAGACGACGACUCGACACAAGCCGGAUCAACUGAUGGAGACACCGCUGGUGAAGAAAGCUUCGAACUUGUGCUCGCCGAUGAUGAUGAUGAUGAUGAUGAUGAAACCCAGCUUUGUCCUCACGUACUGAUCUACCAACCAAAUGGCAACGAUUAUUCGCGAGAUGUGGAAGAAGCGGAGCUGCACGAAAAGCUCGGGCUGCCGCGAAAUCGGAGUGGUGCUACCUUGCUGAAAGAGUGCCUUCCCGGUGUUUAUGCUUCUCUCAUUCGGAGCAACAUCGAGCCCGUGGCAAAAACUGUUCGUGAGAAGCUUGAGGAGGCGAAGGGAGUCCUCGCGGAGGUUGGUCGCGGGCCUGCGAAUAGAUCAGAUAUGAUCCGCCAGUGUCAGACACAUCUUCGCGAUUGUUUCCUGAAAUACCAAGAAGAGAUGGGCCCAUUGCAGAAACAUUUCACUGAGGAGGUGCCGGUGCGGGAAACAGAAUCAACAGUCACUUAA